CUGCUCUGUCCGGAGGCCAGUCUGUGCCCGGGUGUUUGAGGGGUUCGUUAGUGAAUGGGAGGCUCUUCCAGGCUCGAAGCUGAGCAGCGCUCGCCCAGGCCCGCACCUACCAGCCGGUGGCUGUCAGCUUCGGUUCCAUCGCACUCUGGCUCCGUCCAUUUCUGACCGCCCAGGACCACACCGCGGCCUAACUGUUGGUCUUUCACCGAGAGAGGGGGAAGCAAAGACCCCUGUCCACCACCUGGACCUCGGCUCCUGCCCCUCUUCUGCGGAGGAGUGGAGAUCCUACUCAGAGGGGCCGGCCUCUCUAAAUAUGCCCCAGGAUGACGGAGCGGCCGCCGAGCGAGGCGGCACGCAGUGACCCCCCGCUAGAGGGACGGGACGCGGCCGAGGCCCGCAUGGCCCCCCCGCACCUGGUCCUGCUGAACGGCGUCGCCAAGGAGACGGGCCGCGCGGCCCCGGCCCGCAAGAAGGGGGGCUUCUGCCCGCCCCGCAAGAAGGGUUCAUGCUCCUACCCCCAAUGCCCAAGUGAAGGGACCAGGGUUGCCCUUGUUUUUCCAGGUGGGUUUUUUGGGGAGCCUGAUGCCUUCCCUAUGUUUGCCACCAACAACCGAGUGAAGAGGAGACCCUCCCCUUACGAGAUGGAGAUCACUGACGGUCCCCACACCAAAGUCGUAAGGCGCAUCUUCACCAACAGCCGGGAGCGAUGGCGGCAGCAGAAUGUGAAUGGGGCCUUUGCUGAGCUCCGCAAGCUGAUCCCCACACACCCCCCUGACAAGAAGCUCAGCAAGAAUGAGAUCCUCCGCCUGGCCAUGAAAUACAUUAACUUCCUGGCCAAGCUGCUCAAUGACCAGGAAGAGGAGGGCACCCAGCGGGUCAAGCCUGGCAAGGACCCUGUGGUGGGCGCCGGUGGUGGUGGGGGAGGGGGCGGCGCGCCUCCAGAUGACCUCCUGCAGGAUGUGCUGUCCCCCAACUCCAGCUGUGGCAGCUCCCUGGAUGGGGCAGCCAGCCCCGACAGCUAUACAGAAGAGCCGGCACCCAAGCACACUGCCCGAGGCCUCCAUCCUGCCAUGCUGCCCACCUCGGAUGCAGCUGGCCCUCGGUGAUGGGUCUCAGGCCACCAGGACCAGCCGGUGGUGUGUCCCAGGUCUUCAGGGCAGGUGGGGGUGAGGAUUGGGCCGCUCUGGAGCAGGACAAUGGACUUGAGCUUUCUCCAUGUCUGAACUUUGGGAAGCCCACACUGCCCGAGGCUGGCUUACCAUUUCUUGCCUCAGUAGGAGAACAGUAAAAUGGAGCUAAGUGGUAGGUACUUUUUAUGAAGACGGCACGGUCUUCCCCCUCCCCCAAAACCCUAAGACUCCCCACAUGAGACUGGAGUGGCACUUCUUGGGGCCUGGAGCUUGGGCGUCCUGUCUCUGCCGAGACCUGGGGUUGUCAGCGCUCACCUGAGGUGCCCGGUAGCCUCUGCCUUGCCUUUAGCCCCUCCCCAGCUGGCUGGGCUGGCUUUGUGGCCACUCUGUGCAAAUAUAUAGGUACCCAGUAGCUGCCCAUCUCUUGAGCCCCUUCUUCACCCAGGCCCAUGGUGGUCCAUCCAGCUUGCCAGCUGCUGCAGAACCGUAAGCCUCGAGGUGCCUUCUUCGGGGCCUGGUUGAAGAUGGCGAGUGGAGAGCCUGCUCUUGACUAGGUGGACUGGAGGGUCAGAAAGCCCAACACCCCUUUCUUCAAAGCUCUGUUUUCUGCCCACUGAAACUUGCCUUUCUGAUCCUUGAGGCUGUGGGCACCAAGUCUGCAGCUGAGAAUGUGCCCUGCUGGGCUCUGUGUGAAGGCAGAGAAAGGGAAAACAAUUGGAGUGGAAUUGAGCAGGAGCUGUUUCGGGCGCGAGGGCUUUACACACUGUGUGUGAGGGGUGUGUCAGAGCUACCUGCCUGUAUUCCCAGCUCACGUCACUGUCCAGGCUGGUGAGUAGACAUCGCUGUGCUGAGGGUGUAUGUGGGUGCCGAGCAUGUGGUGGGAAUCCACUCUCCAGGUGCCCCGAGGCACCUUCCUGCUGCAGAAUGGCUGUCUGCUGACGGUCCUGUCUGUAUUCUGAACUGGAGUGCAGCUCUGUCCUGUGAAUUUCCCAGCAUUCAGAAUCUUUGCUCAACUUCAGUUAUUGGUGGGAUGACCAUCCUAGGACCUGGGGGAUCCAGUCAGAGCCCCGGCCCUGGCUGAGACUGAGCCUCGGCACGUUCACUUAGCAGUGUCUCAGACACCCCUCUGCUGGGCAGCUUCCAGUCAUUAGGGGUGCAUAUGGGAGGCUGGCUUAAUGCAACAGGAGUGCCCCCCCAACAAAAACCCACAGAAGUUGUACAUGAAAUUUUUGUAAAUCAAGUCCUUGUCCUUCAUCUUUUCGAGAAAUGCUACCACAAGUCCUUUUGUAAAAUGAAGAAUCCUUUUGUAGAGUGAACCGCUGACCUCCUGCUUCAAACCAGGUGGUGGGACAUGGUGUCCUUACGGCUGGGCCUGCCUGUGACAUGUCACUACAAGUUCCUACAACCGAAUAGAGGCUGUUGUACCCUCAAGUCAACCCAGCUGUCUUCCACCAGGCUCUGCCUUCGCUGUCAGAGGGGCAGUGAUCCUGUGGCCUUCCCUGUCCAUAGUGACAGGGAAGGACCUUCACUGCGGCUGUCCGGAAAGGCCCUCCGGUGUUGGGGGUUCCAGCUCAGUGUCUCACCCUUCGGUGAUGGCACCUUGAGUGCAGCCACUUGCAGAAAGGCAGUCUCGCUCCUCUGCUUCCUUUCCAGGUGUGAGGGCCACUUAGCGGGAUGUGCCACCUGGCUAACCCUUGCAGCAUCCUGGUUUUCUAUCCUGCUUCAGUCUCUCCAGAUCACCUUCUGAUGAACAUUAGGGCUGAUUCCUUCCCAGUACUUGGGAGUGGGGGUGGGAGUGGGAACGCAAGCUUCUGGGUCCCCCUUCUCAGACGCGCAGGGUGACCUGGCUGUCCUGCAUGUCCUUGCUCUUAAAUUCCUUGCCUUGCUCUGUCUCCUGGAUAGGCGAGGUGGACAGGACGAGACUGAGAAAAGUAGAUGCAUUUGAGGCCGUAAAGAACUCGGGUGCCCUCAGUGUCAAGUGCUGCAGUGCAGUUUCCCACCCCGAGCCCAGGAGGUAGGCAGUGCGCCAGUCUGGAACUGCACAGCAUUUGGGUAAUGCAGGAUCGAGACCACUUUUGCCCGAAUUAUCUAGGUUGUCCUGAUUUCUCCAUAUUGAUGUCAGUGCUGUCUCAUUCAUCCAAGGAAUGAGAAUGGAAAAAAGAUCUGGGAAUAUGGGCAGAACUUGGAAAAGGAAUCACAGAUACCCAGAUGGGCCAGGGAAGGGGAACGUAAAGCUUCCUCCGUGGAAGAACUGGAGAAGAGGCUUCAUUUUCAUUUCAUUUUCUAACAACCCCCUAAGCCCACCAGACCCUUUUCCUUCCUCUGCCUCCUCAUCCAUGAAGAAAUGGGAGCAGGAUCUGUACAAGGGGAAAAUAUGGAAGGGUGAAAACCCUGAGAGAGCGAGGAUGUUUGGAAUGACUGGAGGGAAUCACAUCCUUUAAGAACAAUUCCUACCCUUUCUGUUUGUAGUGGCAAAUGACAAGAUGGUACAACCUUUAUCCUUUUCCGCAAAUAAGACAAAGGGCACAGCAUCUAUAGUCAGUGGGUGACUAUUUCAGCUUUUGGGGGUGGGUCUAGUCGUACUUGUGAUUUCAAUGGUACGUGGCCCCGACCCGAGGCUUGCCCCUGCUGGUGUACAUAGCGCGGUAUUUCUGUGGGCGGGCCCAGCACUUUCCGUCAAUGUUGUACUGUACGUGAUGAACUGCGUUGGUCUCUGCAUUUUUCUGCAGAAGAGGAGUAAUCGCUCCAGGUACCUGGACCUUUGUACCGCCCAGAGGCCAACACUGUGGGCGUGUGACUCUAGCAACCAAACCCAUGUGGUGGUGAUGUAUGUAUAUAUAUAAGGCUAUAUUGGGAAGAUUUCUAAAAUAAA